UAAACAGUUCAUGUCAACUAAACCCUCAAGUAGUUCUAAUAAGGCAGAUUUAAGGAGAAAUUCUCACUCCUCUAAGUAUCCAGGACAUGCUAAUUUUAGGCAGAAUCCCUCGCGAGAAGUUAACGCCUAUGGACCAAGUCAUAGCAGUCAUCCUCCUAAGUUACAAGUAGGUGGGAUAAAAAUGAGAGAGCGUAAAUAAAGGCCCUCAACCUCACAAAGUCACCAGUCAGAACAGAGUCAAAGAUACCAACCAAUAUGAUUCGGAAGAUAAGAAUCUGAGGAUUAUUACCAAACGAAAGACUAGCAAGAGAGUUGCUAAAGCAGGCUCGUUGGCCAGGAAAUAUCCAAAAGAUAAAGGACCUCAGAUGUCUGAUUCUUAUCAAAAUGGCACUCAAUAUGGCCGUAAUAAUCCUGAAAUGGAAGGAGACAACUUCUCAAAUAGUUUUAUCGAAGGAAAAUCUUUUAGCAGUAACCAAAGAAAGACAUCUUUUAUUGAGAAGCCUCAAAGUAAGGGAAAAAUGCCUAGUGAAGCACCUGAGUCAGAGAUUAAUGAUCCUCCUCGUAAUAUUCGAGACUUAGAAGCUAAUUCCAAGAUGCUUGAUUUGCAAAAUAAGAAUAUAUCAGCACCAUCCAUCGGCCCUUAUCCUAUAAGUAGCACUAAUAACGAUCCAACUGUAACGAUGAGGUCUAUUUCCGAAGUUGAUGGGAAUAUUGACAAGAAACUUAUGCAGAAAAGAUAUGUCCAAGAGCUAGAAGAGCAGAUAAGAAUUCGGGAUAAAAUUAAAAACGAAGAAGAAGUGAAAAGAAAUAAAAAGUACCAGCCAUACCACCCUGAAACUGGGACUCUAGAUCAAGAAGUAAAACUUCUCCAAAGCCCGACUCUACAAAAUACAGAAGAAGUGUGUAUUUCGUCAUCACAUAUCGAGAAUGCCCAAGAAAGGAGAGGGUUAGGGUCUGCUCCAAAGGCAGCUGCAGCUACCAUAAUAUCAUCUACAAUCACAGGAGAUCCCUUUGGAGGGAACAUUCCUACUAGAAAGAAGAUAGACAACAGAAUUGAUCAGCAGCUUGAGUCCAGAGGAAGUAUUUUUAGUGGAAGAGAUGAAAAAUCUGUGCUAAUUCACAAAAGAAAUCUUCAACAACAGCAUAUGAGAGAAGAGCUACUUCGUCAAAUCGAAGAAAAGAAGGCUAGACAAGAACAAAUAAAGAAGAAACAAAUAGAAGAAGAUAUGAAAGAUGAAUUUAGAAUCAAGCAGGAACUCCAACAGCUUGAUAAAGAUACAACAAAUGAUCCUUCCCCCAUCGAAAGACUCUCUAUGAAGAAGGCAGUUAGUGAAACAAUACCAAAAUCUGAUAGUUAUCUUCCCGAGAUAACUACUAGAAACAGUGAGCCUAUCAAAGUGCCUCAGCUGCAAGAAGAGAAAGAAGAAAGUGUAACUCCUAUUGAUAACCAGAAGGAUUUUGAAACGACUGCUGCUUUUGCUAGUUAUAAGGAGAAAAAGAUGAAAGAAGAACUUGCUCGGAAAGCAGAUAACUAUUCCCAAAAUCCAUUCAGUAGUGCAAUCAUGAGUGAGACUAACAAAAUAAAGAACAUGAUCCAGCAAGUUGACAAUAAGCAGGAACUUCAAAGCCAGAUUAGCAAGAAGAUGGAUAUAAAGGCAAUCCAGGGAGCUGCUCCUGAUGGAAGUCCCAUCUCAAAUGGUCCAAUCGUUGGAAAUACUAAACUAGGCGAGCUCUCUGAAAUAGUGCAGCAGCUUCUAGAAGACCAACGUAAGCUCAAGUCUAAACUAAAUGAAAGGGAUGAAAUAAUAGCUGAUCUCAGCAAAAAUCAAGAAGAUCAGAGAAGACUUACACAUGGAAAAGAAAGACGCUCUAGAUCCCAAAAGCCUGUGAAUAGCAAGAAGAUUGGAUCUGCAGGUAUUCAGACUAAUGCUGCACGGAAGCUAAGAGAGAAGCAUACACAAGAGAAGGAACGGGUCAGUGCCAUAGAGAAUAAAAUCGUGAAAGCGAGACAGAGAAAAGCAGAACUCAGCAAAGACACUUACAGCAAGGUCAAUAAAGCAGGAGGGUUUGCAAAACAGUCAAAUAAGAGUAGACCAAAUAGUGAUUUCGAUCCAAAACAAUACAAAAAUCAACACAAAGAAUUCGAUGAGACAGGACUUAAGAGAACUGGGUAUACUAAUCAAAACCUAAAAGAGUUAAAUGUGUGAAAAGCAAGAGCUAUUGAAAGCCCCGGAUAUAGCUUGUCUUCAAAAAUUGAUGACCUGAAUACUCAAAGUCGUUCGAAACGUUCUAAUUAUGAAUAUGCUAAUGGCUCUAAAAGUCCUAUUAAUCAAAAUCAUAUAGACAGGUUUACAAGCAAUAGACUUUAUGAGGAAGAAGAUGAUAUUGAAGAUAAUUUCAAUGAAGAUAAUUUUAUUUUCUCUCUUCCUCCUGAUGACGAUGAUAACUACUCAUCCUAUUCCUUAAUAGGAGGGGAUAUUAUCCAAAAGACACCCCUUACCGAAUUCGAUGUCGCUGCAUCGGAAGGAGGAGACCAGAUAGAUCUUCUUAUGAAUGGAUAUAACCGUCAACCAAUGGUUGCAAGCAAAAUAAAGAGCAUUCCUAUCUCUGACAUGACCACAAGUAUGGGUAUAGGGUAUUCUCCUCAUGUUAAAAAUGUAUAUUUUGUAAAUAAGGAUGAUAAUAUCAGUGGAACGAUCCAAUCAGGGAACUAUCCUUCUUCUAGCUAUCAAAACCAUGGUCAUGCUGAUAUUUAUUACGCAUCAGGACGAUCAAAUAACUAUAAUUACCGAGGUUAUGCAAACCAAAAUUAUCCAGAGCAAAAUCCAAAAUCUACCUCCCAAGCUCGAGGGAGGCUUCUAAGCUCCAAUGCUAUUGCUGGUAAAAUGCUCACAAGCAAGGAGAACAAGACUGAGAGAUCAUUUGGUCAGUAUAACCACUAG